UGUUAGUCCUCUGUAUCUCACUGGUUGCUUGUAGCUUUCUUUCUGGCUUCUACGUAAACACUGUGCCGCUCCACACUAAAUACGCGAGGGCGUGAUGCUGUAAUCAUGCCAUUUGUAUAAUUUAUUUCUUUUUCAUUUCGUUCUAUAUGCGUAAACGCGACUUGGUUUAAACUACAAGGCACUUUCUUGCUGUGUCCGUGAUGUGGGCAACGCCGAGGAGGACGCGGUCGGAGGCGAGCGAAGACGCGGAGAUUGUGGUGAACGUGGGCGGCGUGAGACACGUCCUGUGCGCCAGCGUGCUUGAGCGCUACCCCGACACGCGCCUCGCGCACCUCGCCGACCGCGCCGCGGAGAGAUCGUGCGAUCUUUCGCGAUUCUGCGACGACUACGACGCGGCGACGCGCGAGUUCUUUUUCGACCGCGACCCGGACGCGUUCAGAUCCAUUGCCGAGGUGUAUCAGUAUGGAGAGGUGCACAUGGCUAAGGGUACGUGCCCGGUACGCUUCAGCAAGGAGAUGGAGUUCUGGGGACUGGACAUGGACCUGCUCGACGAGUGCUGCAAGAGCAACCUAAAGGAAGCAGAGGAGGAGCUGUCUGAGAUUGCUGAGAAGGUCCGCACCAUUCUGGACGACAUGGAGGGAAGCCCUUCGAGCGGAAAGUGUAGGGCGUUCCUGUGGAAGCUCAUGGAGAAACCGGAGUCAUCCUGGGCGGCACGCACCGUAGCCCUUCUCUCGUUUCUCUUUGUGCUCCUUUCGUCUGUGGUGAUGUGUGUGGGCACUGUGCCUGAGCUUCAUGAGCAGGACAUUGAUGGAAAUCGAGUUGAGAAUCCAAGUCUGGAAGCCAUAGAAACAGCCUGCAUCGUUUGGUUCACGGUGGAGUACGUGUUGCGGUUAGCUGCAGCACCCAACAAAUUGCGUUUUGCCAUCUCCUUUAUGAACGUGGUGGACUUUCUGGCUAUUGCGCCUUUCUACCUGCUCUUGGUUCUGUCAUACCUCGGCACUGCUGUGUUGCAGCUGGGCACCGUGCAGCAGGCGGUGCAAGCGCUCCGUGUAAUGCGUGUUGCACGUGUCUUCAAGCUGGCACGCCACUCCUCAGGCCUGCAGACUCUCACCUACGCACUCAGAAGUAGCUGCAAAGAGCUCGGCCUACUGCUCAUGUACAUGGGCAUAGGCAUCUUCUUAUUCUCAGCACUUGGCUACACAUUGGAGCAAAGCCACCCGGAGACCAUGUUCACUAGCAUCCCGCAGUCCUUCUGGUGGGCCAUCAUUACCAUGACCACAGUGGGUUAUGGUGAUAUCUACCCCAAGACCACACUGGGUCGGUGUAACGCUGCCGUCAGCUUCCUGUGUGGAGUCAUUGCCAUUGCUCUACCCAUACACCCCAUCAUCAACAACUUUGUCAUCUUUUACAGUAAGCAGCGUGUGCUUGAGACUGCCGCUAAACACGAGAUCGAGCUUAUGGCACUGCGCUCCAAGGAAGGAGAACCUGUAGAAGCUGCUGGUUUGGAAUUACAGAGAUCAAGUCCAUUGAUGGGUGAACAAAUGCCCUGGGACUAUGCCAAUCUUACUUCCCAAGGUGAUGGCCACAUUCCGUUACUCAAGGACGCUGGACAGAGAACAACAUUUCAGAAAUGCAACAAACAAGAUGGAUAACAGACAGACUGGAAGACAGGUUCACUGCUCAGUGCAUUCAUGGAGCAUUUGGACCACAGUUUUCAUUUAAAAGUUUUUACUAUAAUCACGUCUUGCAUAGAAAUAAGGAAUAAGAAGAACAAUUUUCCAUAUAAACCUGAAGUGGAAAUUUUUUCCCACUGAAAAUCAAUCCAGAAUUAAUGUAUUAUUUGUUUUAACAAAUUUCUAGUGUUAAAUACUGUUCAACAAAUAACAAAUAAAAUCGGUGUUAGAUUUUAACGUGUCUUCAACUAGCUGAUGCACAACAGAAUUGUUACGCUUUUAUGCUAAGCUCUAUGGAGAAUAAGACACUUAAAGGUGCCAAAAAAAUAAAAAAUCAAAGUGCUUCUGUUGUUGUGUAAAUUUGUAAAUUUCUACAUUUUUAUUGUUACAAACUAUAAAUGAAAAUAGCGAAUACAAUUGAAGGGAGAAUAAAAAUGACAAAAUAUUGUUUAUUUAAAAAAACAAUCUUUAAUUUCAUAAAUAUUCUAAAUAUAUUAUAAAUAUAGGUUUUAUGGCUACAAAUUGUGCAAAAUUCCGAGUAGAUAAAACAUAAGGAUAUUAUAAUUAAAUAAUAUUUAUAUACCAUCUUCUACCAUCUUGUGAAUUUCUGUAGUGCAUGUAUGCUUAACCCUAAAUAUUAAACAAAUACUCAGAACCGCCUUAAUUAAGUUAUAUAAAAAUAUUUUGUGGAAAUACUAAUCAAGUGUGUUAGAUUUUUUUUUCAUGAACCUCAUCAAUGUUGUCAUUGUUGAAACUCCCUGAGGGGAAAAAAAUCAUUGAUUUUCUUGUCAACCUUUGUUCUCUUAUUUGACCCAUAGCUAAGCACUUAAAUGAGUUCAAUUGUCCUCAAAGUAAUUUAUAGACGGUAUGUUGCAAUUUGCGUAGAUGAGUCAGAAAUAAUAGAAAUCUCUUUGAAUGCUGAAUGUUAUGCUUUAUGUAAUUAAAUGCAUUUCAUGCAGG